UGGCGGCCACGUGUGCGGCCAUGGCGGACGGGCUGGAGCCGGACCUGGCGGCGCUGCGGGGGGAGCUGAGCGGCCCUGCCGCGCUCUCUGUGCUCAUCGCGCUCAUCGCCGUCGCCAUCACCUUCCUGAUCUGGCGGUUCGUGCAGGGCAGGAGGAGCAGCAGGAAGGCCGUGCUGCUGCUGGGCCUCUGCGACGCGGGGAAGACGCUGCUCUUCGCGCGGCUGCUGUCGGGCAGAUACCGGGACACCCAGACCUCGAUCACCGACAGCUCGGCCACAUACCGGGUCAGCCGGGACAAGGGCACCAAUGUGACCUUGAUCGACCUUCCAGGCCAUGAGAGUUUGAGGCUCCAGUUCUUGGAGAGGUUCAAGGCUGCAGCCAGAGCCAUUGUGUUUGUGGUGGACAGUGUGGCCUUCCAGCGGGAGGUGAAGGACGUGGCAGAGUUCCUGUACCAGGUCCUGGUCGAUGGCACCGUCCUCAAGAACGCGCCCGCGCUGCUCAUCGCCUGCAACAAGCAAGAUGUCACAAUGGCAAAAUCAGCAAAACUUAUUCAACAGCAGCUGGAGAAAGAGCUCAAUACCUUACGGGUGACCCGCUCUGCAGCCCCCACCAGCCUGGACAGCUCAGGGGGUCCUGCCCAGCUGGGCAAGAAGGGCAAGGACUUCGACUUCUCCCAGCUGCCUAUGAAGGUGGAAUUCGUGGAGUGCAGUGCUCGGGGCAGCAAGGGGGAGGAGGGAGAUGCUGACUUGGAGGGCCUGGAGAAAUGGCUGGUGAAGGUCGCCUGAACAGGGAAGGGCGGGGCUUGGGGGGCAGGACACUUGGGGGCUGAAGAGAAGAAGAUAGUCUGGAGCACUUAAAUCUCAUCUGGCUGUAGAAAGAGGAACCUGAAGCUGGAAUUGAGGACUAUGGGAGAUUUUCCCAGGUUGUGUUUCAUUGCACAUUGCAGUGUCCUACUGCAGGAAUAUUUUUCCCUUUUUUUUUUGUGGCUUUCUCUUGUUUUAGAGUUGAGGGAGUGGCUGGCUCCUGGCAGACUCUUUUUGUCCUUUGGAGACCCCUCCUCUCCAGUUUGGUGCUUCCUCCAUCGCUCAGCUCAUCUGUUGUGUUCUUUUCUUUGGGGCUUUCCCUGUUUCCCUGUAGCAUUACCAAGUGUUGGGAAGAGCAGGAACAGCCUUCCCAAAGCCCUGUGCCCAUAACAAAGCUGAUCCUUGUAUUUCUAGUCUCAGGAACCCAGUAGCUCUUCCACUAUCCAUACAGGAGGUGGGGAGGGUUAUAUUUACCAAGGAUAUUAUAUUCUUCUAUUUCCUGCAGCCAGAGUCUUGUCAGAACAUGUUUGUCAUGCUUUGAGCUCCUUUAGCUGAAGAUCCAAGGCUGCCUGCUUCAAAUCCAUGGUGCCCAUGGUUUUGGGCAAAAAAUUGCUGGGUUUUUGGGUGGUUGUUCUUGUGAAGAUGCAUCUCCUUGAAAAGUAGAGGCCAAGCACCAGCCUCUGUGCAAGGGGGAUGGAAAGGUACCAAUGAGACCACGGUUGGUUUUAAGUUAUUAUUUUUAAAAGUAUUCCUGAAAUAAAUUUUUUUUUUUGCUUAA